AACAGCCGGGACAGCCUGAAAGUUCCGGAUCCAACAGAGUUCAUAAAUCUGAGCAACAUGGAAGUGGAAAAGAGAUGGUAGAUGUUCGAGGGAAGACUAAAGUUAUACCUUCUUCUUACCACUAACCAAAGAGAGGAGGUCAGAAGAUAAAAGCAGGGAUAAAGGUGGGUAACAAAGAUCAAAAGAUUCAGCUGGGAGAACAUAUGAGGAAACUGAGACUUCAAUUUGACGAUCUAAAGAAUACAAAGGAAGAGUUGGGAGAGGAGAACGAGAGUUUUAAAUCUGAGAUUACUGCUCUGGAGCAGAAGAUAGAGAGACGAAGAAAGUUAAAGAUUAAUGCCCAUAUUCCUCUCCCAAGUCCCAAAGAAGGACUUGCAAUAAACAAGCUAAUUACUUGGUACAGAACCUUCACAAGCUGAAGUAUUGGAGUCUGACAUCAACCAAUACCUGGAUGAGUUGGAGGAGAUGAGGGCUACCUGCUACCCACAAAGCAUUGAAAAUGGAGAAAGCUAGGCUCAUCUCUAAGCUAACUGCUCUUGAUGAGACUUUGAAGACACUAAAAAAAAAAAAUGAUAAGGUAACAUUUCUCUCUGGCGUCUAUCUUCAUCUCUAAAAGUGCAUCCUGAGAGAUUUCUAAAUAAUUGUACUUAUAGAAAACAAGCUGGUUCUUCAAAAUGAUAUGGACCAACUGUGAUGCACUACUUUUGAUUGUUGAUCUCUCAGUUUCAAUUACUAAUUCUUUUACUUAUUUAUGUUUCAGACUGAUAAUGAAAUUCCUUCAGCAUGUUGCAUUGAAGAACUUGCAACAAACAAGCUUGUUACUCCAGUUAUAGAACUUCCCAAACUGGAAUACCAUAUGAUAAUGAUGUCCUGGAACAUUAAUGCAAAGGCACCACUGAGGGAGCCUUAAAGUUGAGUAAGAGGGAAGACAAGCUAACUGAGGUGCCAAAGGGAAAGCUCGCAGCAGCAGUUGAUGGCACAUCCACAUGUUGGCCAAGAAGCAGCACUUUUUCUAGCAACUUCAUCUCCACUAUUUGCCAGUUAAUCCUGCAAUUUGCUACUGCACUGGUCACUCAGAAUCAUCUGGUUUCCACUGCUGGGGAUGCUGAAUUGAGGAGGCCACACAUGACGAGCAAGCCUUAACUUUGGCCUUGAAUAUAAAGGGCACAACUGAUGUUCAGAAGCUUGAGAAGGUUAAUUUGCAAAAGUAAUUGUCUUUCAUUCCCUCUGCUUUUUCCUUAUUUUCUUCCUCAACCCUUUUUUGAGUAGCAACUCUUUUCCUCUGACUUUACCAUCAUAUGGAGGAUAGUGUUUCCCUUGCCUACUACUCUGCACUGGAGAUAGUGAUAGCAUGAAGAAAAUCUAGAGCUGUGAAUGCCGAAGAGGACAGUGCCAACCAAACCAUAGUAACUGCUGACGGUGAUAACUAGGGAAUGGGUGUUAGUGGUCUCGUGCAGGAACCCAUCCAUGGCGGCACAAUAGCAGCGGUUGUGGAAGAUCACUAAAUUUCUGCUUUUAGUUGAGAAUUAAGUUUGGAUUUAACCUUCUCAAGCUUCGGAACAUCAGUUGUACCCUUUAUACCCAAGGCAGAGGUUGAGGCUUGCUUGUCAUGUGUGGCCUUCCUCGAUUCAGCAUCCCCAGCAGUGGAAAGCAGAUGACUAUGAGUGAAUAUUAUGCAGCAAUAAUUGGCUUUAUUCGCUAUGUUAAGUGAACAUUGUUUUAUGGAUUUUAUUUUUCUGCUAACUCCUUUGUUGUGUUUCGUUCUUACUUUGAUAUUGAUUAUGCUAGUAGUCAUUUUGAUUGCAGAUCUAUCAUUGGUUACUUUUUCUUUUUUGUGGUAAUUCUCUUAUCUCCCCACUGGGGCAAGAAAUAAACUAUUUCAUCUUACCCUAGUACUAAAGUUG